GAAGUUACGUUAGAUUGGCCGCCGAUGACGGGUGGCCGUGCUGGGGGCGGGAGGGCUUCUGUGGUAGGAAGGGAGGUCCGCUCGGCCGGGCGCGCCGCCCCAGUGCUCUGUGGGAUACUGGAAGUCUCGAGCGUCUCCUCCCGGUUCCCAGCCCUCCUCUGACCCGCACUCAUAGAAACAUUCACACACCCCCUGCCUCCCCUCUCUUCCCUCUCCGCCUCCCCCUUCCCCCCCUCGCGAUAAGAAGACCCGGCGGCAGGAGAGGGGAUGAAGAUGGCGGACGCGAAGCAGAAGCGGAACGAGCAGCUGAAGCGCUGGAUCGGCUCCGAGACGGACCUCGAGCCUCCGGUGGUGAAGCGCCAGAAGACCAAGGUGAAGUUCGACGAUGGCGCCGUCUUCCUGGCUGCUUGCUCCAGCGGCGACACGGACGAGGUCCUCAAGCUGCUGCACCGCGGCGCCGACAUCAAUUACGCCAAUGUGGACGGACUCACUGCCCUGCACCAGGCUUGCAUUGAUGACAAUGUUGAUAUGGUGAAGUUUCUGGUAGAAAAUGGAGCAAAUAUUAAUCAACCUGAUAAUGAAGGCUGGAUACCACUACAUGCAGCAGCUUCCUGUGGAUAUCUUGAUAUUGCAGAGUUUUUGAUUGGUCAAGGGGCACAUGUAGGGGCUGUCAACAGUGAAGGAGAUACACCUUUAGAUAUUGCGGAGGAAGAGGCAAUGGAAGAGCUACUUCAAAAUGAAGUUAAUCGGCAAGGGGUUGAUAUAGAAGCAGCUCGAAAGGAAGAAGAACGGAUCAUGCUUAGAGAUGCCAGGCAGUGGCUAAAUAGUGGUCAUAUAAAUGAUGUCCGGCAUGCAAAAUCUGGAGGUACAGCACUUCACGUUGCAGCUGCGAAAGGCUAUACGGAAGUUUUAAAACUUUUAAUACAGGCAGGCUAUGAUGUUAAUAUUAAAGACUAUGAUGGCUGGACACCUCUUCAUGCUGCAGCUCAUUGGGGUAAAGAAGAAGCAUGUCGAAUUUUAGUGGACAAUCUGUGUGAUAUGGAGAUGGUCAACAAAGUGGGCCAAACAGCCUUUGAUGUAGCAGAUGAAGACAUUUUAGGAUAUUUAGAAGAGUUGCAAAAGAAACAAAAUCUGCUCCAUAGUGAAAAACGGGACAAGAAAUCUCCACUAAUUGAAUCAACAGCAAAUAUGGACAAUAAUCAGUCACAGAAGACCUUUAAAAACAAAGAGACGUUGAUUAUUGAACCAGAGAAAAACGCAUCCCGUAUUGAAUCUCUGGAACAAGAAAAGGUCGAUGAAGAAGAAGAAGGAAAGAAGGAUGAGUCUAGCUGCUCUAGUGAAGAAGAUGAGGAAGAUGACUCGGAAUCAGAAGCUGAAACAGAUAAGACAAAACCCCUGGCUUCUGUAACUAAUGCCAACACUUCUAGUACACAAGCAGCUCCUGUAGCUGUUACAACACCUACUGUGUCAUCAGGUCAAGCAACACCUACAUCACCUGUUAAAAAGUUUCCAACCACAGCUACAAAAAUUUCUCCCAAAGAAGAAGAGAGGAAAGAUGAGUCUCCUGCAACUUGGAGGUUAGGACUUAGAAAGACGGGCAGCUAUGGUGCACUUGCUGAAAUCACAGCAUCUAAAGAGGGUCAGAAAGAAAAAGAUACUGCAGGUGUUACACGUUCAGCUUCAAGUCCCAGACUUUCCUCCUCUUUGGAUAAUAAAGAAAAGGAGAAGGAUAGUAAAGGAACUAGGCUUGCAUAUGUUGCACCUACAAUACCAAGACGACUAGCCAGUACAUCUGACAUUGAAGAGAAAGAAAACAGAGAUUCUUCAAGUUUGCGAACAAGUAGUUCAUAUACAAGGAGAAAAUGGGAAGAUGAUCUUAAAAAAAAUAGCUCAAUUAAUGAAGGAUCAACUUAUCAUAAAAGUUGCUCCUUUGGUAGAAGACAAGAUGAUUUGAUUAGUUCUAGUGUUCCAAGCACCACAUCAACACCAACAGUUACCUCUGCAGCUGGGCUUCAGAAAAGCCUGCUUUCCAGCACAAGCACUACUACAAAGAUUACAACGGGUUCUUCCUCAGCAGGCACACAAAGCAGUACCUCAAAUCGUUUGUGGGCUGAGGAUAGUACUGAAAAAGAAAAGGACAGUAUUCCUACAGCAGUGACCAUUCCUGUUGCUCCAACUGUUGUGAAUGCUGCAGCUUCUACCACAACCCUGACUACAACUACUGCUGGCACUGUCUCCUCCACAACAGAGGUCAGGGAGAGACGCAGAUCAUACCUCACUCCUGUUAGGGAUGAAGAGUCUGAAUCCCAAAGAAAAGCAAGAUCUAGACAAGCAAGACAAUCUAGAAGAUCAACACAGGGAGUGACAUUAACUGAUCUUCAAGAAGCUGAGAAAACAAUAGGAAGAAGUCGUUCUACCCGAACCAGAGAACAAGAAAAUGAAGAAAAAGAAAAAGAGGAAAAAGAAAAACAAGAUAAAGAGAAACAAGAAGAAAAGAAGGAGUCAGAAACAUCUAGAGAAGACGAAUAUAAACAGAAGUACUCCAGAACAUACGAUGAGACUUACCAGCGUUAUAGGCCAGUAUCAACUUCAAGUUCAACCACUCCAUCCUCUUCACUUUCUACUAUGAGCGGUUCACUCUAUGCUUCAAGUCAACUAAACAGGCCAAAUAGUCUUGUGGGCAUAACUUCUGCUUACUCCAGAGGAAUAACAAAAGAAAAUGAAAGAGAGGGAGAAAAAAGAGAAGAGGAGAAAGAAGGAGAAGAUAAAUCACAACCUAAAUCAAUCAGAGAACGACGACGACCAAGAGAGAAAAGAAGAUCUACAGGAGUUUCAUUUUGGACACAAGAUAGUGAUGAAAAUGAACAAGAACAACAAUCAGACACAGAAGAGGGAUCCAAUAAGAAAGAAACUCAGACGGAUUCCAUUUCUAGAUAUGAAACCAGUUCUACAUCAGCUGGUGAUCGAUACGAUUCCUUGCUGGGUCGCUCUGGAUCAUACAGUUACUUAGAAGAAAGAAAACCUUACAGCAGCAGGCUAGAAAAGGACGACUCAACUGACUUUAAAAAGCUUUAUGAACAAAUUCUAGCUGAAAAUGAAAAGCUGAAGGCACAGCUACAUGAUACAAAUAUGGAACUAACAGAUCUUAAAUUACAGUUGGAAAAGGCCACCCAGAGACAAGAAAGAUUUGCUGAUAGGUCACUGUUGGAAAUGGAAAAAAGGGAACGAAGAGCUCUAGAAAGAAGAAUAUCUGAAAUGGAAGAAGAGCUCAAAAUGUUACCAGACCUAAAAGCAGACAACCAGAGGCUAAAGGAUGAAAAUGGGGCCUUGAUCAGAGUUAUAAGCAAACUUUCCAAAUAAAAAAAAGAAAAAAAAAAAGCAGCAAGUAAUGGAAUUGCACAUAUUAGUAACCCAGUGGACCAGAAUUGGCAGUCACUGGAAGUCUGGGAAGAAUCCUUGGAGACUGUCAUUUUCGGAUAUCCUGCCAAAUGCCCUCUUAUCUAGAAUUUUUGUUUCAUUUUGUUUAAUUUUCUGGGGUGUUUUUGUUGUUGGUUUUUUUUUUUUUUUUUAAUCAAGACCAUUGUUUCAUGUUAAUGCAGCUGCUGAGAAGAUUUUUUUUUAAUGACUGAGAAAACUUGUUUACAGCUCCAGCAUAUAAGGAAAGUGUUCAAGGCCAGAUAUGCCUCAGAUAUUUAACCAGUAAGCCUUAGUUGUACAUAAAUACUUUUGUGUCAACAAAAACUUUCAGCUCUCACAGAAGACAGUUACUCAACAUUUUUUGAUGUGCCACAGUUUCCAGUUUUUCGAUAUUUAAAUUUUUUGGCUUUUCAUCUAAGUUUGGGUUUGUAUUUUUUCCUUCUAAACUCUUCAUGUGGCAGAGUCUUCUAUGUUUUCACAGCUUUUUCAUUACAGAAAAGAACACGUGCUCUUCUGUGAUUAUUGUCAUGUAUUAGGCUAAUGCCGUGUUGUCUCCCACCUGGAACUGAAUUGCUUGGUGGAACAUAUGCUUUCACUGUUUGUGCAAUAUGCAUUUAUUUCUUAUAUGAAUGCUUUAAAGUCAUUUGAGAUUAGAUCUUUUAAUUCCUAUUUUCUGCUUCAUUGGUCACUUUUUUUUAUUGUAGUAUAAGAUGUUAGAUUCUGUAAUCUUCACAUUCAUUUUAGCAGGUACUGAGUGAUGCUGUAUAUACAAAUUAAGUGUAUUGUUUUGAUUUUUAGACCACCACAUGGCAUGCUUGACUAUUUCUUAUUUCAAAUGUCUGCUGAUGCAGAGUAGGCUACUCCAUGAUAGUGUUAAAAAACAAAAUUUGCUAACAAUGUGAUAUAAAGACUUUAAAAGUUACACAUUAUGUGGAGCCCUAUCUUUACAAAAGUUUCCUACUGUAAAGUGCUUUUAUUUUCAGUUUUCAUUUGAUAGUACUCAACCAUAAUUAAAGUUGCAUAAGAUCAUUGCUUUACAUUUCACAUACCUAUAUUUAUCUGAGUGCUGUCUAAAACUGUUGUGCUAGCCAAAGUAAUGCUAUGAAAUCAUUUGCAGAAUUAACGUGAGUUAAUGUUAAAUGCACUGUUAUUGCCAUGUGAAGAGGCAUCGACUUUGAUACCACCAUCAUGUUCAGACCAUUUUAUACAUUUCAGUGGCCUUUUUUUUAAGGAAAAAAAAGCGCAAAACCAAGUACAUAGUGAAGAUGGCUUUUAUUUGGACAAAUAACUUUUAUAUUUUCAUUAAACCAUGCAAAAAAUACUACAUCUUUCUGGCACAUAACUGUCUCCUUAACCACUGAACAGUUCAGCCAUUUGAAUAAAUUGUACAUUGUAAAGCUUAUAGUAGCUGAUUGUAUUAUUGAUUGUAUUGUAUACUAUAUUAAAUGUGAAUUUGUACCCCAUCAUUUUAAAAGGUCAUUGUGUUCUACUGCCUAUUUUAGAUUACUUUGGGGUUGGGGAAGGGUGUUUUGGUAAGCAGGAUUUUAAGUCCUCUCUCUCUCUUGAUUGGUUUUAUGAAGAUAUAAGGUUAUGCUCUUACUACCAAGCUCAGGAUUCUUGAUUUUAAAGGUACAAGGAUAGUUGUGGGAGUUUUAUUUUUGGUUAUAUUUGAACUGUAUGAAUGGUAGGUCUGAAUAUUGAGAAUUUCCAUGGUCUUAUGUGGAGGUAAAAUAUACAGAUAACUGAUCAGUUUGAGUGACCGCAACAUGUUCUGGUUGCACAACAGUUAGGCAUGCUAUGGUUUAUAUUUGUGAAGUUUGGAUGCCUGUGAAGAAUGAUUAAAUACAUGUUUCUAAUAUUUUAGUGUUUUGUAUUUAGGUUAUUUAUUCUUUGUAUCUAAAACUGAACAGCUACUGUGCUAUAUUGAUUUUAUUGGUAGUAUUGAGCAGACCUUGUUUCUGCAUGAAACUAGUUGCAAAACCCACUAUUUUGGAAAUAAAAAUGUAUUUUGACAUAUACAAAUAAAAUGAAUAAAACUAUUUUAAAUGUGUGAACUUUUAAUGAAGACAUUUUAAAUUUUGUUCUGAGAUAUUUAAAUUCUGCAUGGGUAUUUUUUCACUAAUUGCUUUACUUGGAUACCAAUUUGAAUAAUUUCUGAAAUUGUAAUAUUGUGAUAAUUUGCACAGCAUUGUACAUGCACAUCUGUAAAUGCAAUCUUAAUUGCCAUAUUUAUGCAAUCUGUGUACCAAUUUGGACAAAUGUUUAUAUAUUUUACAUAAAGCUGUCUGUAUGCAGAA